GAGCGUGAGUUUGAGGACUGUCUGCUCUAUUUAACGUUUGAGAUAUCAAAAAACGAACGCACAUACACACACUCAUCAACCAGAGAACCAAAAUGCUCAGUCAAGCUCCCCAUGCAUCAUCAACAAGCUCUCCCACUUAUCUCAUCCACCACCCUCUCCUCCGCCUUAACACUUCAUCUCCUCGCUCUGCUUCUUUCAAUGUUUCUCGAGUGAAUGGAGUCAUGAACAUGGGGCAGAGGUGGGCAAUGAACCGGCGAGUGGUAGUUUCAGCCUCUGAGGACAGGAGCUCGAGCUCCAAGUUGGAUCGGAAAAGAAAAGUUGUGGAGCACAUUUGUCUGCUCAAAGCAAAGGAGAAUUUAUCUGAUGAGGAAGAGAAGGAUAUGCUGGAUUAUCUCUAUACAACUCAAUAUCAAAUGGGCGGAAUUGUUGCAAUAUCAUUAGGACGUAUCUCAGAAGAAAAUCUUGAAAAUUACACGCAUGCUGUCUAUAUCCGUUUCCAAAGGAAAGAAGACCUUGCAAAAUUCUAUGAGAACCCUUUCUACUUGGAAGUUCUCAAAGAGCAUGUUAUGCCUUACUGUCAUGGAUUAUUCAAUAUAGACUUUGAAGCUGGAGUAGAAGAUGAUAUCCUUCCUAUCUUUCGAAAAGGAGAGGAAUUCAACUAUGGUCUGGAGUUCGUACUUUUGAUUUCAUUUGUUAAUAAUGCAAUUGGUGGACCUGUUGAACAUGCACUGGCUUCUUUUGCGAGGCUGACAAUUGGGUUUCCAUCCUUAAUUGUCCAAUCUACUCAAGGUCUCAAUUUAAAUCUCAGCAAUAAGGAAUAUACACAUGGAAUAGUGAUACGAUUUCGGUCAUUCGAGGCCUUUGAGUUAUUUAUGGGAAGUUCAGAAUACCAAGAUAUGUGGAGGUCUAAGUUCCAUCCAAUCACCCAGAAAACACUUUCUAUUCAUUUUUCUGUAGAUCCAGUGGGCACUGAGAUCAUGUAGCGAGGUCCUUCGUGGUUUUGAAAACGCAUUCUUCCUUAUUUUGUUCAACACUCUAAGAGUAGGUGUACAGUUGCUGAAUUCCUCUAUUGAUAAAGCUGAUAAAGUUGUUCGAAGUGAUGAGGUGGUUUGUGUUGGGUUUGUUCAAAGCUGUUGCACAUCAUCUGAAGUUGCUGUCUUUAUCUUAACAGAGGGGAAGGGGAGAAGAGUGGCGGUUUACGAAGCUACGCAGAUGCUGCUUUCUUGAUUCUUUUGCUUGCCCUUUCCUAUGUAUUGCUGUAGAUAUAUUUCACCAACUGCAUUUUCUCUCUUGCACAUGUAUGUGCAUUUUCUUGAAGUGUAGUUGCCCAUCUCAUGUUGCAUUUCUCUUCGACAAGAAGUGACAUACUUUUGAAGAGUUGUUUCUCAUAUGUUAACGCAAAACACGCUCGGUAUGUAUGCUUGGACAAAGACAUGAGUUUUUUGUUACAAUGUUAUUCAUGUAUAUAGUUGGUAUCAGGCCCAACUACUGGGUACUUGAUCUGUCCUACAAGACCCUGGUAGGGAAGCAAUAUGUUGGAUGAUACUUUGAACCUAAUCAGUUCCAUCCUUAGAAAAUGAUGGAAAUGUCCAUACAUGAAGACAUCUCCUGUUUACUUGUAAUAAUUUUUAUACUAAUUUUCAGCUUCUCAUGA